AUGAAUCACUUUCGGAACAAUUUGGCCCGUUUUCGGCUAGUGACGUUCGAUGUAACCGAUACACUGCUGGAGUAUGCCGUACGUCCCGAGCGACACUAUGCCCAGGUAAUCAACAGCGUGCUGGAGCCGCGCAUCGGUCGAACAUUGCAGGAGGAUCACAUUGCCCAAUCGUUUGGUCGCUGUUUUCGUGCGAUGAAGCAACAGUACCCGAACUUUGGUUCCGGCCGAAAGCAAACCGGCCAGCAAGAGCUGGAAGAUGAAAGUUGGCGCUGGUGGUGGCGUACGCUCGUUGAACGCGUGAUAGUCGAUGCGGCCUCUUCUUCCGAUUGUCAUAACGUUCCCGUCCGACUGUUGAGCAUUAUCGCGGAGCAACUGAUCGAUGAUUACACGUACGAUGGGAAGCGUGUCUGCUGGCGGCAGCGGCCCGGUGUGGAUGAGUUUCUGCGCCAGCUGCGCACCCCACAAACCGACCAAACGUUAGGCAUCGUGUCGAACUUUGAUCCACGGUUGAACAUCAUCCUGCGCAACAAUGGCAUUGGACCGGCCGGUGAGGUGGUAGACUUUGUGGUGACGAGCUACGAUGCGGGUGUGGAAAAACCUGACCCGGCAAUAUUCGAAACGGCACUACGGAAAGCUAAUUUGCUCCAGCCAGAUAGACCGGAAAUAAGACCGCAGGAAGCACUGCAUAUUGGCAAUCUGUGCCGGGAGGAUUAUAACGGGGCGCGCGGUGCCGGUUGGUGUGCACUGUUGGUGAAUGUUCCGGCGAACGAAAAGAACCGAAAACUGUUGGAAACCAUUCCGAACGAGCACGUGUUUGCCGGUAUGCCCGAGCUGCAGCAACGCCUCGAAAAUGCUGCACCGUUGGAAUGGUGAGAGGCUG